CCGGUGAAACGUGCUCUCCUCUCUGUUUGCUCUACUCUCGCUCAUCAUGGCCUCCGGUGAACCCAAAGCUAAGAAAUCCAGACUCUCGGAGGAGGAGAAGAAGAAGGAGGAGAAGAAGAAGGAGUCUCCAAGCAAAGAGACUUCUGCCAAACUGAGCACUAAUUCGCUCUUUGGUAUGGGAAACCCUUUGCUGGACAUCUGUGCCAUAGUGGACAAAGACUUCUUGGACAAGUACACGCUGAAACCCAAUGACCAGAUCCUGGCAGAGGACAAGCAUAAAGCGCUGUUUGAGGAGCUGGUGAAAAACUUUAAAGCCGAGUACCAUGCCGGAGGAGCCACGCAGAACUCUAUAAAGAUCGCUCAGUGGAUGAUCCAAGAACCUCAUAAUGUGGGCACGUUCUUUGGCUGCAUCGGCAAAGACAAUUUUGGAAAGACCCUGAAGCAGAAGGCUGAAGAGGCUCACAUCGACGCCCAUUACUACGAGCAAGACGAAGAGCCCACAGGGACGUGCGCUGCUUGCAUCACAGGAGAUAAUAGGUCUCUGGUUGCUAACCUAGCUGCUGCUAACUGUUAUAAGAAGGACAAGCAUCUAGACCUGGAGGAAAACUGGAAGCUGGUGGAAAAGGCUAAAGUCUACUAUAUUGCUGGUUUCUUCCUCACCGUCUCUCUGGAGUCCAUCCUGAAAGUGGCGGAGCACGCGUCUAAAAAUAACAAGCUGUUCUGCCUGAACCUCUCUGCGCCCUUCAUCUGCGAGUUCUUCAAGGACAACCUCAUGAAGGUCAUGCCCUACGUUGAUGUGCUGUUCGGCAACGAGACGGAAGCAGCAGCUUUUGCUAAAGCGCAAGAGUUCGAGACCAAGGACAUUAAGGAAAUUGCCAAGAAAGCCCAGGCUUUACCCAAAGACAACGCAAAGAGGCAGAGGAUUGUAGUGUUGACUCAGGGGAAGGACGAUACUGUCAUGGCCUCAAAUGACAAAGUCGAGACUUUCCCUGUCAUGAAGAUUGACCCUAAGGACAUUGUUGACACAAAUGGUGCAGGUGAUGCAUUUGUAGGAGGUUUCCUUUCUGAGCUGGUGCAGGAGAAACCACUGGAUCAGUGCGUGAAGGCUGCACACUACGCCGGCAACGUCAUCAUCAGACGAGCAGGCUGCACCUUCCCAGAAAAACCUGAUUUCAACUGACACAUCCAGACAACAUUUCCUUCUGCCUGAAACCUUGUGCUUACCUCACUGUACACAAGUCUGACCCAUAAGCUCAGUUUUUUUUAUGCAAUUACAACCCUCAAUUCUCGUAGAAUCAUUGUGUUUUUUUUCAAUCAGCAACCCGUCCAUAAUAUCAGUCCGGACAUAAUUUCUUACCGAUUGUUGUUUCGGUGUCUCCUGACAUGUGUCUGCCACUUUGGAACGCUAGAGGAUCAUGAUCCACUCCAGGGAUUUAAAUGACCGUAGAGGAGUCAUGAUAACAACACAGGAUGUGGACAUUUUUGACCUAAAUGCAAAAUUGUCUUCCACUGACUGCCAUCGCACUUUUCUGUGACUUCUUGUGUUGACAUCUCACAAGUGGGUUUUUUCUUCUCUUCUUCUUGGAUACGGAAUCCAGGCAAAUGGUGAUUCCACCGUGGGAGGACACACUACACAAACAGAGGAAUAAAGAAUAACCAUCAUGGGAGUUUUCGGAUAAUGUUUUGAAAUUGUGCAGAAGUGAUCUUUUUAAAAUUUUGUAAGAUUAAUUAUUCCUUUAAUGUUUGUUUUAAUUAUAACAGGCCAGUUACGAAACCAAAAGUUUUUCCUUUUAAGCGCACACUUUUUUUUUUUAAAUGUGUCAAAGCCUAAUGCCCACUGCUGCGUCCAUGUUAACACUGUUAAAUGUCACCUGUAGCGUGUCCUUGAUUUCAGAAGUUACAGUCAACAGCGUUUUGGACGUAUUUGUGUUUUUCGGGUUUCUAAUAAUGAGUGCCUUUUUUUUCUAUUCCAAUCUAUGUAAACGUUACAAAGCUUGAAGUAGUGAUAAGUUGAGGCCCGCAGUUUAACCAGUAAUGAGCAACUGGCAGCUUGUGGGGCUGAAGCAUGGACACAUGUCGUUGUAUCUGAAUGUUCUCAGAGGAAUACAUUGUGUAUUAAAAUGAACCUGUCCCAUUUCA